UACCCUCGUGUGGUCCCGCCCCUCAGAGAUGACGUAACCUGCCCCUCUAGGAACCUCUUUCUCAGGUCUAAGAGUCUCGCAGCUGACUGACAAGGGCGCAAGCGCAGACCACUCAGUCCAGUCAGGACUGGGCGGCCAGGAUUGAUCAGUGUCAUCUGGCCUCGGGCGCUGCAAGUUCGGAUCACCUGCAACCAGGAGGUGUUUCGAGGGUACAAGUACAUUUGGAGUAUCUUGAAGAACAGGCCCUACUGAAGUACAAAGUACAAAGUACCUUUUCCUUUUAAUUCUCUGCCUUCCCAGCCUACCUACACAUUCUGUCCCGCCCAGUACACACCCUGCAGGUUAGAAGAAGAGUUCACCAAUUAGUGGUCUGAUUAUUCAGAGUACCAGGGACUGAACAGAAAGUUCUGCUGACUGGUGUCAACACCUCCAGAGCAAACGAAGAUCUGAGAUCUGAAAAGUUCCUGAAAAAGUGAAAGACUUUCAGAGGAACACUCGAAAGCAUGAGAUACCUGAAGUUUCUGCUUUUCCUGAUACACUGGAGAGUCACAGGGGCUGUUCCAGGUCAAUUCUGGCACAUCUCAGAUCUGCACCUUGACCCAGAAUAUAAUGCCUCCCGUGAUCCACUAGAGGUGUGUCCAUCGGCAGGUUCCCAGCCAGUGUCCAGCGCAGGUGUGUGGGGUGAUUAUCUUUGUGAUGCGCCCUGGAUCCUCAUCAACUCUUCCAUUUAUGCCAUGAAGGCAAUCUUGCCCAGCCCGGACUUCAUUCUCUGGACUGGUGAUGACACGCCUCACGUCCCUAACGAGAAACUGGGAGAAGAAGCCGUGUUGAAAAUAGUGAAACGUUUGACAGAGCUCAUUCAAUUAGUAUUCCCAGAAACGAAAGUCUACGCUGCUUUGGGAAAUCAUGAUUUCCAUCCCAAAAACCAGUUUCCAGCUGGAAGCAACAAUAUAUACAACCAAGUAGCAGAAUUGUGGAGGCCCUGGCUUAAUAAUGAAUCGAUAUCUCAGUUCAAAGAAGGUGCCUUCUACACAGAGAGGCUGCCUGGUCCAAACAAGACAGGACGCAUCGUGGUCCUCAACACCAAUCUGUACUACAGCAGCAACGAGCAGACGGCCGGCCUGGAUGACCCGGCCAGCCAGCUUCGGUGGCUGGACGAUGUGCUGAACAAUGCCUCCAGAGAGGGAGAGAAGGUGUAUGUUACUGGCCAUUUGCCCCCUGGCUUCUUUGAGAAGACCCGAAACAAGGCCUGGUUCCGGCCCGGCUUCAAUCAACGCUACAUGGAAAUCAUCAGGAAGCACCAUCCCGUGAUUGCUGGGCAGUUUUUCGGUCACCACCACACUGACAGCUUCCGCAUGUUUUAUGAUGACACAGGUGACCCCAUCAGCGUCAUGUUCCUAGCUCCCGGGGUGAGUCCCUGGAAGACAACCCUUCCUGGGGUGAACAACGGAGCCAAUAAUCCUGGGAUCCGAGUGUGGGACUAUGAUCGAGACACCCUACAACUUCAGGACAUGGUCACUUACUAUUUAAACCUCACCCAUGCCAACCUGCACGCCCCAAGGUGGGAGAAGGAGUACCGACUGACUGAAGCCUUCCAGGCCCAGGACGGCUCAGCAGCCUCCAUGCAGCGGGUGCUGGACCAGAUUACGCAGGAUAACUGUGCCCUGCAGAGAUACUACCAGUACAACUCCGUCAACUAUGACUUGGACCCUUGUGACCAGCGCUGCCGGGUGGAGCACCUGUGUGCUGUGAGGGAGGUGGACUUUGCAAACUAUGAAAAGUGCAUCGAGUCGGCCAGCUGCCCUUGUGGGCUGUCGGGGUCCUUGCUCCUCCUCUGCCUGAUGAUGGGGCUUCACUUGAUGUGAGCUCUGACUCCCCAGCGGGAGAGAAGCGUCGUGGGGAGAGAGGGCCCAGAACAGGCACAGAGCUUCUGAAGCCCAAACCUUUGGGGCUGCCGGGGAGUCAAAGGGAUACACGUGGAAAGAGCAGGGGACUGAGAAAGCCCUUCAUGGCUGGCCCCUCCCACCUUCCCAGUCUUCCUGCUCCAAGUAAUCUGCUUUUAGUAUUUAGUAAGCUCCUACUCUAUCCCUACCGUGUAAGCUACUACUGUGCUAAGCACUUUACAAAUAUUAUUUCAUUUGCAACUCCCAGGCACCCUGGGAGGUAGGUGUUAUCAUUAUCCCCAUUUGACAGAGGAGGAAACCAAGGCAGAGAGAAAUUAAGUGAACCUGCCCAGGCUCCCACAGCUAGUAUCAGGUUGGUUAGAAUUCAGGUCCUCCUGACUGCAGCCUCGAAUUCUUCCAGUUCUAUACAGCCGCCAAGACCCUCCCUCUCCAUCUCCAGACUCCAGGCCUCUGCCCCGACCAUUCCUAUGCCUGGAAUACUCUCCCUCCUCUUCAU